GUGUGUGGGUGGGGGAAAAGAUUGGUAGCGUGUAUGUGUGUGUGAUUUCGGAUUACAUCUGUUUUAAAGUUAGCUAAUAGUUCUAUACACAAAUAUUUGUUAACCAAUCCAUUGAUUAUUUUUUUAUAUUUUUUGUGUGCCUAUUCUGUAUUUAUUUAGCUUUAAUAUCUGAUUGGGACAACAUUUGUUCACUAUUGAUCACAUCGUGUUUUGUUUUGGUUUUUGGUUUGUUCCUUUGUUGUUUUUUUGUUCGCUAACUAGGACGCUAUAAUAGUUGUGACUUUUAGCGCAACUCAAGAUGGGAUUUGUUAGUUUCUCUACCAAGAAGAGUAUUUAUGCCACCAUUGUUUUAGCCUCCUUCAUGAUGACUCUGAUUGUUUUGCGGCACGUAUCAGAGAUGACGCAAGGAAUCCCAUUUCUGAACACAAUGUCGAAGGCUGAGACGCCUGAAGGAAGAGAAGCAAAAAUCAGAACAACGCCUGAUACCAGCUAUGAAGGAGAUAUGACCUGGCCAUCGCUAAAAGACACGUCAAUCACAGUGGAAGAGAUACAGUUAAAAUAUAACAGGUGUCGAACCAUCACAGUUCAAACUAACCCUAAGUGCGCUGAGUUACAUGACCACCCAGAUCUAGCCUGGAAGUCAACUGCCAAGUCGGGAAAUUCCAAGCAGGAAGAUUUCCAACGACUGACUCUGGCAUCAGUCUGCUGUGUAUUCUACUACGAAGAGAUUAUGAAGCCCGCACCGCAGUCAGAACUAUUUCCCUGGGAAAAAUAUUACUUGUCCACGCCUCUGUUGCAGAACAUCAGCGACAUCUCGCAAGCUGCCCAGUCCAGCAUUUCCUUUCUUUCUAGCCCUGGCAGUGACAACACAUUUACUCUGGGGUCAGAGGUCAGAUUCAAGGUGGAGUUGUACAAUGGCCGAAAGGAAAGAAUGACACGGGGUGGAGACAAGGUCGACGUCUGGCUGUCCAGUGACGACGUACUCGCGGCCAUCACAGCGGACGUCACAGACAAUCAGGAUGGUACUUACACAGCCGUCACCAUCUUGCCUUGGAGCGGGACUGUCAAUGUCAAGGCCACUAUCGCCCACCACAAAGAGCUGCUGCGUACUGUGAUGUACCUCCAAAGAGUAUUUAAAUCAACCCAUUGGUUUACUGGGAACUUUAUCUCCUCGGGAGCGGCGGAAGCAACGCUAUGCUCCCCUUUUACGAACCUACCUGGGUACACUGCUGAUCAAGUCUGCAAUUUGACGGAAAUCAAUGGAUUCCCUUGGUAUUGUGGGAAACCAGUAAAAGCAGAAUUCUUAAAUUGUUCGCAUUUUACGUCGGAGGCGAAACUUUUCUAUCCCAGUUACAUGCCCAUGACGGAAGAGGAAGAGUCUUUGCUGACCUUGACCGAAAGGCACAGGCCGUUUCUGAUUCCCAGCAAUCUGUCGAUUAAUGUCUUAGCAGAUCAAGGUCCAAACACAACUUUACCACUACCUGAGCAGUGGUGCCAUGAGCGAGAUCUGCCGUUAACAUUUGAUGACAACAAUUCCUAUGGGUUUUUCUACCACGGACAAUGGCGACCUAUGGCCUGCCAACUCCAAGACGUAAACGCUGAUUCUCUUGCCAAAUGUUUGCAGGAUACAACAGUUAUAUUUGUGGGCGACUCCAACUCUAGGAAACAGAUGGAACUGUUAAGUUCAAUGGUAUCGUGCGUUCACAAAAUUCACAGAGCGUCUGUAAUCUGGCAUGCUCCUCUUCGCUGUGAUAAUAAUCAAACAAAUAUGUCUAUACAGUAUUUCCCUCAUAAUUUUCCCUUCUAUGGGUCACAGAAAGAAGAAGUAAACCCUGAAGUGCUUUAUUCAGAGGCCAGACUGCUCGACUCUCUUCCCAAACAUGGACGAUACGUCGUUCACCUCCACACGUUUCUGCACCUGACUCCCUUUCAUUUCUCAAUCCUAGACCAUCGCCUGCGAGUCACGCGGGAAGCCAUUCAACGUCUGCUGGACAGGAACCCUCACGUGAUCAUCGUCUACCAAUCAGCGCACAGCGCCUACGACAGACGGCCGGGGAACUACCACAAGCUGGGCGUCUUCUUGGUCGAGCUCCAGAGGAGUAUCCUUAGGGGACUUGGAGAUAGGGUGAUGUUUUCAUUCACCUGGCCGAUGACGGUAGCGGUCGCCAACGAUGACGAACAUCCGCCUAUUUCCAACCAAUUUGCAAAAUAUUACCUGGGAUAUAUAUGUGGCCGUUUAAAGUAAUAGGUACACUCUAAAUGGCAUAUGUAAAUACAGUAAUUAAAAUAUUUUGUAACAUAAUUAAAUUAAAAUAUUUUUUUUUUACAUUAUUUGGCAAGCGUGGUCUAGAGGCUAAGUACGCUUUAUCUUGGCUUGUCUUGGCUACCUAGAAGGGGGCUCGAGGUUCGGACACCCGACUCAGGCAGAGUUGUGUUUACUAAGCGCCUAAAAGCAGCAAGGAAAACUUACUCCCAGAUACCCCCCCCCCAACUGGUCCACACAUGAGAUUGGACCAUAGCUCUCUGAGCAUGCUAUAAGCAUGAAAGUAGCGCUAUAUAAAAGCGAAAAUUAUUAUUAAAAUUAUUAUUAUUAUUAAUUAUGAAAGUGAGCAAAAAAUAAAGUUACAAUGUGCAAGUGAUGCUGUCCACACGGGGCCUGGAGUCAGGACCGGCCUAAGGCCGAUCGCUCCGGAUUCAACCCCGCGCCUAGCAGCGGCCCCGCAAUUUACAUUAAUCAUAUCACUAUCAGUCAUGGCUCAUAGAUGCUUUUAAAGAUGAAGGACCAAAAGGGUUAACAUAUUUCGUCUAACGUACGAUUGAUGUAAAUUUAAUGAACUCACUGGCGCAAAUUGCAUUUGAGUUGCUUCCUAUGCCUGUUUUAUAACAUAUGCUGAUAUUAAUAGUAAUAGUUUUUAUUGUAAAAAAAAAUUGAAGAGAACUUCGCGAGUAUCCAUUUAAUUGGGCCCCUCAAUUCGUAAGGCCGGACCUGCAUCGAGUGUUGCGCCUGUAACUACCGUCUAGCUCUCGAAUUACCGGUUUUUGUGUUAAAAGACCAUGCCCGUCGUCAAGAUUUAUUAGAUUAGAGCAGUUUACAAUAGAACGUCUUACUGUAAAAGGAGCGGUGGCUGAGUGGUGAAGCGCUUGGCGUCCGAACCGAGGGGUCACGGGUUGAAAUCCUGGUCAAAAAUUGGAUUAUUUAAAUUCGGGAUCUUUGUGGAUACCUGACACUAGUUGGGAAAAAAUGAAGGCAGUUGGUCGUUGUGUUGGGUACAUGGCACCCUCGUUAGCCGUUUGGCCACAGAAACAGUUGACCUUCCACUUCUAGUGUAUCAGGUGAAGUCUUAUUGAAAGUUGUACAAUCAACAGUGGAAUGUGAAUGAAUAAAAAUUAGCUCUUUGUCAGUAGAGCCCAGUUGAAACAUAAGAAGAACAUUAACUUAUCUGCCCCUUAGAUCGUAAGCUCUGAAAGGGAAACUAUACUGUUACAGUCGGCAAGACUUGUUGGCUUCGAGCAGGGGUUCUCAAACCUGUGAGUCGCGACCCCCUAGGGGGUCGAAUGACGAUUUGCCAGGGGUCGCCUAAGACCAUCGAAAAAAUGGAUUGUUUUUGUCUAUUCUUCUAUUGCAAUGUGUGUGUGCGGAGGGGGGUCGAGGCAGAGUGGGGGAUUGUAAAAAGAGGUUGAGAACCGCUGGCUUAGAGGCACCUUACAAUAGAGCGGCCGUAAUGUACAAGUUGGCAUCACUAAAAAGUUGAAAUGGAAUUCGCAUGACACAAUCAAGGAUGUUUUAUGAGGUUUGAGAAAUUACAAGUCUCUCUUCAAAAUAAACAUUGCGACAGUUCGUUACGAUGCGUAGGGUGUGUCUAUGUUGUGGCGGCUUUGCGGCAGAAAUUCAACACAAUACCGAGGCUAUCAAAUAGUUCGAUAGUGAAUUAGGAAGCUGAAUAAAAGUCAAGAGAUAAUUUGUAGGACUAUUUUUCAUCUGAUCUUAUAGAUUACAGAUGUUAGUUCAAAAAAAAAAAAAUUACUUCCUACACAUUUCAUGUGUUAAUCUAGUCAUGCUUGUUAAUAAAUGACUUAAACUCUGCUAAGUUGUUGAUUUUCCUGGCUGAUUCAGGCAACGCAUUCCAUUCUCUAAUGUCACUAGAGAAGAAGGAGCACUUGUACGAAUUGGUUCUAAUGUAUUGUAAUGUAUUUUUUUAUUAUUAAUAAUAAUAGAAUUCUUUAUUGUCCAUAUGGAAAUUUGUCUUACAAUUUGUGCAUUACACCAAACAAAACAUUAUAACAAUAAAAAUAAAAAGUACAUUCACACCAGACUCACUCAUAUGUGAAAAGUAUAUAUCAGAUUGUUUCUAUUUAAUGAUUUUAUUGCCAGGGGAACAAAUGAGUGUUUGUGUCUGUUUGUCUUUGCUAUCGGAGUCUUGUAUCACUUUAGUGAUGGUAAAAUUAAACAAUCCUGACCCAA